AUGUCUUCCGCCAGCGAAGUUUUUCCACAGUAUCUCAUUCAUGCAGGCGAUGCAGUUCAGUCUUAUAAUUCUCUUGAAGAAUGGCAAACCAAUUUUGCCGAUCCGCUAUCAUUCGCUUGGAGAAGUAAACGAAUGCAUUCGCCACCGGCAAUUCUCUAUGCCCAUGGUAACCACGACCAAGAUACGACAAAUCGUUACAUAUACACGACGGGACCACGAAAAGGCGAAAAUUGGUUCAGUGCAACUCUAGGUACAGCUCGUUUCAUCGUGCUCGACUCACAACCACUGCAUCUAUUUAAAGCUCAAUUAGACUGGCUUCAGCGAGAAACUCGUUUAGAGACAUGGAACCGUGCAUCAUUCCGAAUUGCUAUUGUUCAUAUCGCACCCUUCAUUGAAUACUGGGAACCUCGUGCGUGGGAAGAACUUGGUGAAAAACAUUGGGGAGAUUACAAAUUAACAAAAAGUAAUGCUAUGUUUCCUAAUAUAACUAAACUUAAUUUAACGAUUGAAAGACGAUCUCCUAUGAAUUCAUUGGAAUUUCUUCGUUCAGUAGUUGAUGUUUCAAAAUUGGUUGAAGUCAAAUUAGAAAGUCAUUGUUUCCACAAGAAUAAUCAAAAUCUUUUGUUUGAAAUUAUCUCUAUUCUUGAACAAGCAUAUUCUCUUUCAUCUUUAAUAAUUCAUAGUCGUUGUUGUAAAUAUGAAUUGUAUCCAUUUUUGAAUCACAUAUUUUCAAUAAUUCCACGUCAGAUCAAACGUUUACAAACACCGAUCAAUCAAUUAGAUCAAAUUGAAACCAUUUUGAAACGAUGUCAAAAUCUGUUAGUUGUACGAUUUGAAAUAACACGUUUGAAAUUCUCUCAAGAAGUCAUCGAUUGGUUUAAUCCAAACACUAUGGAUUCAACAUUUCGAAGACAUGAUAGAUGCGAUGUUAUAUGGAUUGAAAAGAAAAUAGAUUGCAUCAAACAUAAUCAUAAACGAAUUAAGUUAAAUGAAAAUCAAUUUGACCCUUAA